AAUGCUCACUCGUGGUGCUCGGAACAGAUUUGGCUUUUUUGGCAAUGAAAAUAAUGCGGUCGCCAUAAAAGAUGCGACCGCUGGGGCUCGCGCCCCCGGAAUAGUUACUCGAUCCAGGUCUGCUCUUGGUGACAUAAAAAACAAGGGAUUUGCCCUUUCCGGGAAAGAAAAUCAAGCGGGCGAUCUAAAGAAAACGUCUGUAAUCCCGUUAAAGACUCAUGACAUUUGCGGUGCGGACACUGCUGUUGUUGCUAAGACCGACGUAUGCGCUGAGCCACAACGCCCAAACAUCGCAGAUGUUUUCCGCGCUGGGCGUCUUAAGAUCAGAUACCAGCUUCUAUCUUCCAGCUCCGGUAAAAAGUUCCUCAUGUGUGAAAAUGAGGAUUUCGGUGAUACCGCAACAGUCUAUCCCUAUGCAGAGUGCAUUUUCAAUUAUCUACAGGAUCGGGAGCUUCUUAUUCAGCCUAUGCGUCCCGAGUUUAUUAACCCAGCAAGCGAGGUCAACCCCCGUAUGCGGUAUAUCCUAAUAAACUGGCUGGUACAAAUACACCAGAACUACAAGCUUCAACCCGAAACCUUGUACCUCUGUGUAGCUCUCCUUGAUCGCUAUCUUUUGAAACACAGCAAGGAACUGGCCAAAGAUUGUUUUCAAUUAGUCGGAUUGGCCUCACUAUUUAUCGCCGCGAAGUUCGAGGAGAUGUACCCUCCGGAUAUAAGCGACUUCACCGCAGUUACGCAAAACUCUUUUAGCAAAAACGAUAUUAGAAACUGUGAAAAAAACAUUUUGAACUCUAUUGAUUUCUACUUAUCUAUUCCUAUCCCGUUGGUCUAUCUCCGCCGGUUGUCUAGAGCAGUCGAUGCCGAUCGUACGAUUCACAACUUAGCAAAGUAUUUUUUGGAGCUCACAAUCCAGGAGUACGAUUUGGCGCAUCUAACAGGCAACUUGCGAGCCGUUACAGCUUUGUGUCUGUCUCGGGCAUUGUGCUUCCAAACCUCUGAUCUCGAAGAAUCAUGGUGUGAUAUGAUGUCCUACCUUAGUGGCUACACACUUGAUGACAUACGGGAACCACUGAAGGUGUUGGCGAGGGCAGCCUAUCGCCAGAAUUCUCCAUCUAAAUAUCGAGCCAUUUUUGACAAAUAUCGGUUGGACGAUUUCUAUGGUCGUGUUGCGGCCUUACCACAGCUACGUUCUAGCCUGAUGGAAACUCUCGCUGACUUAAAGUUCGACAGUGAUGGUGAGCUCAAUCCGGCAUGAUUACUUCACUACCGUACAAAAUACUGUCACUCUUCAACAGCCAAUGGCUUGAUUCGUUCUCAUCUGUAUUCGUGUAUCAAUGACAAUUGGGUCAUUUUCUUCCUAUUUUAGUUACAGCUGGGAUAAGAGAUUUUUUAAUCUCAUGUCAAAAUUAAUUCAGCAUGUCUUUUAUUGUAAUCCUUCCGUCCAUCUAAUUUCAAUAUGAACGAUUUUUACGACCCUGCACACCUAUUUCUGGUUUCGCUUCAUGUGUCCCGAGCGUUUCCAACGAUAGGGCCUUGAUAGACCGAACGAUAUACACGUCCGCUUUCUUUAACAAGACUAGAUCUUAACGUGAUACAGCGAUUUGCUUACUUCUUUGAUCCAUUGUGUUAUAUUGGUGGUGCCCUAUCGUGGCUAACCGUUAUUCAUAUGAUACCCACUUAGGUAAAAAUGUAUAUUGCAAACCAAAACGUGCUGAUACUAAUGAUCUCCCUUAUCCUC